AUGAGCACCGACGACCGAGCGUAUCAUGAACGCUUCAUGCGGGAAGCUAUUGGCAUGGCCGAACUUGCACUGACCAGUGAUGAGACGCCUGUCGGUUGCGUCUUCGUAAAGGACGGCGAGAUCAUCGGCCGGGGGAUGAACGAGACCAACCGCACUCUCAACGGUACUAGACACGCCGAGUUCGUUGCCAUCGCAGGCAUCUUGUCCAAGGCGCCCAUCAGCAUUCUCAACGAGACUGACCUUUAUGUCACCGUCGAGCCAUGCGUCAUGUGCGCCUCUAUGCUUCGUCAGUACGGUAUUCGAGCAGUCUACUUUGGCUGCUGGAAUGAGCGUUUCGGCGGCACUGGUGGUGUCCUGAACAUGCAUUCAGACCCAAGUGUCGACAAGCCGUACCCAGUCACCGGGGGCAUCUUCAGGGAGGAAGCCAUCAUGCUGCUCAGAAAGUUUUACGUCCAGGAGAACGAGAAAGCGCCAGAGCCAAAGCAGAAGAAAACCAGGGAGCUCAAGACCGAGAUUCUGCCCAUGGACAUCCACGCCCCGAAGUCGACGCCAUCACCUGCUCUGUCUACGCCUGUCUUGUCGAAGCCAGUUAAUGCCACUCCGCUCGUUGCUGUCCCUCAUAUCCCUGGACUCACUGCCGGAGCUGCGCACUGA